GCAAGGGAGAGUAGCAAGGAAGCCUAACGCUACGGUAACGUAACGUCAUAGUCAGUGGUUAGUUGGUGAGUGUCAUUUUGGUGAAUAAAGAUGGAUGUCUUGUGAAGGCUUCAAAAUUCUGUCAUUAAUGCACCGUUGGAGCAGCAAGAGGGAGAUGAUGGGAGAUGACCCACCCUACUUAGCUGUAGGUACUGAGGUCAGUGCCAAGUACAAAGGGGCCUUCUGCGAAGCAAAGGUUCGCAAAAUUGUACGCAGUGUCAAGUGCAAGAUUGCUUAUAAACUUGGACUUGGCACUGCAGUGGUUACAGAUGAUCAAAUAAAAGGGACUCUACGGGCUGGUUCUGUAGUCGAGGUCAAGCAUCCUGACAAGAAAGAAUAUGUCGAAGCAACUAUCAUCAAAAUCCAGGAUUGCAGUCAGUAUACUGUUGUGUUUGAUGAUGGAGAUAUCACAACACUGCGCAGGACUGCUCUCUGCCUCAAGAGUGGUCGACACUUUGCAGAGAGUGAGACUCUGGACCAACUACCCCUCACUCAUCCCGAGCACUUUGGCAACCCUGUGAUAGGAGGACGGCGAGGCCGCCGCAACAGACAUGAUGAUAGCAGUGAUGACGAUGAGUCAAUCAAGAAAGGCAAGCAGCCUAAGGAGGAAAAAGAAGCAGACAUUGGGAAGGUGGUGUGUGUUGAAAUAAGCGAGAAAAAGAAACAGAAGGACAACUGGUUCCCUGGACUAGUGGUGGCACCUACUGCUCAGGAUACUGUCAAAAUAAACGUCAAAGAAGACUAUCUUGUACGCUCUUUUAAAGAUGGCAGAUAUUAUACUGUUCCCAAGAAAGAGGCAACACUUUUUACCAGAGAGAUAGGACAGAAAGUGGAUAACAACACUCUAAGAACAGCUGUUGAGAAGGCCCUGCUGUUCCUGGACAGAGAAGAGUUGCCUCCUCACUGGGACAGAGAGCUGCUGUUUGGCCUCAAUGAGAUUACAGAUACUGAUUCUGACGGGGCUUUUGAUUCUGAUACGUCAGAUGAUGAGCCUCGUGAGGAGAAGGAUCACUUUGUGGCACAGCUGUACAAGUUCAUGGAUGACCGGGGAACGCCCAUCAACAAGGGACCUACUAUCAACGGUCGAGAUGUUGACCUUUACAAACUGUUCAAGGUUGUUCAUAAGUUGGGAGGAUACAACAGGGUAACUAACCACAACCAAUGGAAGACUGUGUCUCACAAACUGGGAUUCGGCCACAACCCCACAUCUGUCAAUUUGGUCAAGCAUGCUUACAAAAAGUUUUUGCACAGUUUUGAGGACUUUUACCGCAAGUUGGGAUGUACUAUGGUGAACCAUCCAAGAGGUCAUCGCUCCCGUCAUCGCUCCAAUCGCAGCCUGAUAAGGGACAAAGACAAAGCUCUGCCUUCCAAGGAGAAACAAGGUGAAAAAGAUGGUGAAGAAAUAAAAGAUGAAACUACAAGUGAAUCUAUUAAAGAUAAAGAUAUCGUGACUAAAGACGAUCUAAAACCAAAAGAAACUAUCAAUGAUAACCCAAAACCUUUAAGAAAGGACUCACAGAAACUUCUCAGGAAUGAGAAAUCAGAGAAAAAAGAUGAAACUAAACCCCAACCAUCUGCUUCAAAAAUUGUAGAAUCACCAAUAAUUAACAAAGCAAAUAAAGAAGAAAAAAUAAAAAGUGAUGACAGAGAAGAAAGAAUAAAAAUGAGGGAGAUGUUGAGGCAUGAUAAUAACUCAAAAGAUGAUAUUAAGGCAGAAAAAGAUACUAGCACAAAACCAGUUAAAGAUGCUAAAAAUGAUGAGAAUCAACGAGUAUUUAAGGGAACUCGCAGAGAAUUGAAAGAUGGGAAAAAAGAAGAAAAAGAAGAUGAAAAAAAUAAAAUUUCUAGUGAAAGAGAAAUCAGACCAAAAAAAGUGGUCUCCACAGAAGUUCAAGGCCAUGUAGAAGAUUCUAAAGAUAAGAAGUCACGAAGCCUAUUUUCUAAAAUUACUGGAAGUAGACGCAUAAAACCCAUGUCAGAUAAUAAAAUACCCCGUGCAAACAAGCCUAUGGGGUUGAAUGCUGUAAGGCAAAAACGUACAUUCUCUGAAAGGAUGAAAGCCAUGGUGAAAAAGUUAAAAAUGAAAACUGGAGUCAAACAAUUACGACAAAAAUCACCUCUUUUAGAAAGCAAAGAUUCAGAAGAAAAAAGAAAACCGAUUUCUGAAGAAAAUGUAAAGACGGGUGUUCCUCAGUUGACCAGAUCCAAAUCUAAGGAAGAAGUAUCAGCAAAGUCAGAAAAACCAAAGGCGACUCUUGAAAAGAAACCCUCAUCCAAUUCAAUAACACCACAUAGUAACCUAGAUAAAAAACAAGGUCACUCAAAAAAGCGCAAAGAUGAUGAUAAACCCACAAACAGUGAUGAAACUCUUGAUCAGCUGCCAAAUUACAAGUCAGUUGCUGUUGGUGAUAAGUUGAAAGUUUACUACGGACCUACCCAUGAAUCCAAAGUUACUUAUGAGGCCAAGGUGCUUAACCUUAAAGAAGAGGACCACGAGACACUUUACCUGGUACACUACACAGGGUGGAACACCAGGUAUGAUGAGUGGAUCAAGCGAGGUAGGAUAGCAGACAACCUGAGCUGGUCUCCAGGACGGGCCAAGCGCACACGUCAUCACCAGACCCAGCAGUCUCAGUCCCAAAGCCGUGUGAUGAAGAGGUCCAAGAGUGGAGGUGGUGGGGAGGGGAGUGGAGGGGGCGGAUGUGGUCGCUCUACCACACCCUCGUCUGUCACGUCAUCGUCCAGUCGCACAAAGAGUCCUGCAGUCAGCGGUGCACCUCGCACUGCCAGGUCUCGGGGCCGUUCCCGCCGCGCCUCUGGACAUACGCAUACAGAUUUGUCAGAAUCUGAGGGAGAUGAUGACUAUGAAAGUGAUGAUCUAGAUGUUUCUAGAGGUCCAGGGAGUAAAGAUUUGGAUAGUGAUGAAAAAGAAUCAAAGGACACCAAAGAAAUGUUGUUAGAGAAGAUUAGAAGUCGCAGCACGUACAGGCGAAGGUUGGAAAGCGGCUGCGAGAGUGAAGAUCCUAGUAGGGAUCCUACUGAUGCAGACAACAAAUCGAAGAAAUGCAAGGUAGAAAGUGAAGAAGAAGGGCAGUUUGAAAGGACCAGAAGCAGGAGUGAAAAGCGAAAAUCUGAAGAAGUAUCAAAAGUCAACGUUACGUCCGAGGAUAUUAAAAAGGAAGGCACAGAUGGAUACAAAAGUGAUCGAUUGAGGAGUAAAAGAAAAGCUGUUGAAGAAAAAACUGAUAAUACUGAUGAAAAAGACACAAUACCCGAGAAAGAAUUUAAAGCUGAACCAAAGGUUGAAGACACUAAGCCCCUGAAAGUUACUGAAGAAAAACACAAUAGAGACUCCAAACAAUUGAUCUUGGAAUCAGAAAAAAUAGAUUCUGAAACACAAGAAACGGAUAAUAAGAAAAGGCUUAAAAGAAAAGUGGAUGACUUACCAUUUGAUGAAGACUGUAAAGAACAAUCAACAAAUGAAAGGAGAAGAAGUAGGCGAGUCACGCCUAGAAAAGAAGAUCUAAAAUUCCAUUCUAAAAGUGAGGAAGAACAAUCAAGAGGAAGGGAAUUUGACUUAAAUCAAAUAAGGUCAGAGUUGAAAGGUAUUAAUCCUAGUGGUAAAGUUCCCAUUGAAGCUGUCUCAAUGGUUGAAAAAGAAAACGAAAAUGAUGAUAAAGUAAGUGUUGAAAGUUGUAAUACAGAAGAAGAAGAGACUAAAACUAUAAGUUCAGAACAAAAACGUACAAUACCUGAAGAUAUAUAUGAGUUUAAAGAACCCGAACCAUUUGAGUUUGAAGUUAGAUCUAAAUGCAGUGAAGAUAAAAGCGGGAAGAUUCAAAGACGAAGUUUUGGGCGAGUAUGUGAGGAACCUAGUUCAGUUACCUUAAGUCCUGUUAGAAAAAAAUUAACAAAAAUCAAGUCAGAAUCACCAAGUUCCUCAGACAGCAAACAAGAUAUCAAGAAACCUAAUCCAAAGUCAGAAGAUUCAACAGAAAACCCUGCGGUUGAAAGUGAAAAUGUCACGAAUGAGUCUUUAUUAAAAUUGGAAAAAGACAAACCUGUGCCACCUUUAAGCCCGGCUGAAAACCCCAACGAAGAAAGUGAUUAUGAUUCAGAAACUGAAGCAUCUGAAAAUAAAACAAAAACAAACAAAGGUGAUGAUGUGAUGCAAUCUCUUAGUUUGUUCGAUGACUUGCCUGAGGAGAGAGAGGGAGGAGGUGUAGACGAAGAUAGUGAGGAUCGACUGGUCAUUUCAGAACCAGAAACUGAAUCAGAGUCACAGGGGCCUCUCUUUUCACAUCAACAGAGGGAUCAUGAAGACUUUUUCCCAACCUCAAUCACUCAAUCUUCUUCGGUAGAAAAUUCUCAGAAUAAAUCUCCCUUUUCUGGAUUUAACGAAGGUUCGAAGGACGGUAAUGAAAGUAAAGAUGGUAGUAUAAAAACUCCAAAGGAAGACAAAGAUGAAGAGGAAGAUCCCAUAAUGAGUGCUAUCCAGAGGGUUCAGAGGGCAUUUUCACAAUCUCCUGGUGAUGAUGACAGUAAUGACAUUGAUUUACUAUCUGAACUACCUGAUCCAACACAUAGGAAAGACAAAGACUCUAUAUCAUCUAUAAAAGAAGAUGAAAAUUCAAGAAGUAGUAAAGAAAGCAAUGAUUCUCAGAAUGGAGAUAAUAUUGAGGAUCAAAUGUCACAGUCAAAUGAGGAUAGUGAUGAUAAUAUCAAUGAUCCAAUCAAAAUUGACAACUCAAAAGUGGUUGAAGAAAUAAAUAUAGAGAGCAGUGAUAGUGAGGCUAGUGUAUCUAGUGUUAGAGAUGAAACUACCAAUGUCCCAAGUGAAAUGGAAAGAACAGAAAUUUCAUCAACUAUUUUAAAAGAUGACACUGAUAAAGCUGAUGAAUCUCAAGACACAAGUGUUGCUGAUGAAGAGGAAAAGGAUUCUAAAUAUGCGGAGUCAGAAGAAGAAAGUGACCAGAUGCCUCAAGACAAUAAUGCCAAUGAAGAGAAAGAGAGCGAUGACAACUGUUUAGUCAAAGAAGAUUUAACUGAAGAUACUCAAAGUGAAGCAGCAGAAAAUACCAAUGAUGCUAAGGAAGAAGUUACAGAAGAGCUGACCCAAGUAGACUUAAACGAAGAAGUAAUCCUAGAGGCUGAAGUAACGAAGAAAGAUGCAGAUUCAGAAAAUGAAGAAGAUGGAAAUAAUGAUGAGGAAGAGGAGUUUGAUGAAAAUGUUGAAGAGGUUGUCGAAGAACUAAAUGAUCAAGACACCAAAGAAUCUGAGGUGAAAGCGGAAAUCGAAGAACCUGAAAGUAACCUGGAGAGUUUGCUCUGUGAGGAAACAAUCCCUGGAAGUCCUGCUCCAUCUUGUACAGUAGCUGCAGAAAACCCUACCUCAACAUCACCUGAGCUGCCGUUCGCUAGUGCUGCAGUUGUCUACAAGCCACCCCCUGCUGCAGCAAUACUGCCUCCGCCGCCACCACCACCCACCCCUCCCACUACACCAGAGAGUAGUCUCUCGCCCAUAUCCAACUCUCCCGUAGGGGAAAGAAGUGGUUCAUCUCCUACACCUGAAAAUGGAAGCAUAAAGUCUAAUCGAGAUUCUUCUGAGGUGGAUCUAGAAAAAUUUGCGAGUGUCACAAAAACUGAAGCCUAUGAAGAAGGAGGAACCCAUGGAACAGCUGGUUCUUCCAACUCCUCCAAUAAGAAAAGUGGUGCAGUAGAAGAAAAUGAAUCUCAAGUAGUUAAAAAACGAAGACGAAGUGUAAAACGAACAGAAGAAAACCCAAAACGACCUAAACUAUCUCACCGUAGUCCCAGACACAAUAAUGCAGCUAGUGAAAGUGAUGAUGAUACCUCAGAGAACUCACUGGAUCUUGUUUCUUUGAAUUCACGUUCUCCUAGGCCAUCAAAAUACAACUUCUUUGUUCAGUUGGAUCCCGAGUUGGACGGGUCACAGCGCAUUGCAGUCCUACAACAGAAGUUGGCCGAGUUACGCAAGACGUACAUGAGUGUCAAGGCAGAGCUGGCCUGCAUUGACCGGAGACGCAAGAAAUUACGACGGAGAGAGCGAGAGGCUUCCAUCAAAACCACCAGUUCGAAGCCUGAAGUAACCUGCUCGUGAUGGCAGCUCACAGCUCUGUAACUCUUAAGACUUAACUAGAGUAGAACAGUAUUUAAGAUAGGAACAACAUAUUUUUCCAGUCAUUUUGUUUUAUAUUACAGAUCAAAGUAAUAUAUUUAUACAAGAAGUUAAUUAGACAGCAAUAUUAGAAUUAAUAUUCCUAAGGAAUACUGUCGACUAUUUAGAAGCAUUUUAAAUGUAAGAAAGACGAAUUGUUUUAUUGUAAAGAAAUUUUUAAUUUUAUACAUAUGUGACAUAUUUUUGAUUAUUUAUGUAAAUAUUGAUUAUUUUUCUUUGUUGUUUUUAAUCAAUUUUGAUCGUUUAGUUGUUGAAACCCACUGACAACCCAUUACUUGCGACAUUAAUUUAUCAUUGUUUUAGGAUCAGCUGGUCUGAUUAUCAAAGCUAUGCUUCUCUCAUCACUAUUUAUUUUAUUGAGCACCAGGUGUGUCUGUGUUAUAGUAUUAAUAGUUUAUUUUGGCAACUGGCCGGUUUAUUGGUGAAAUUGCGGGACUUGGUCCAGUUUCAAUGGGAAAGUGUUAUGUGAUAAUGUUGCCAGAGGUUGUUUAAACACACCUAAAGAUGUAGGUCCCUUGAGCAAAGAUCUCUAUCAAAAAUAGCUAUAAGAUAAUUUUUUAUUUGUGUAAUUUAUUGGCCGCAUGCAUCGUUUAUAUUUUAAGAAAUAUAUUCAUUAGGACCAGUAUUUUAAUGAGGUUUAGGUUCUGUUAUAACAUGUCUGUUUGAUAAAAAAUAUAUUAGCAGGAUUUUAAAAAUGUUAACUGAAACUUGUAGGUUAUGUUGCGUGUUAGUAGGCAUGUUUAUAAUUUUGUUUUGAUAAGGUUAUGAUUUGUAUUAUCUACUUUACUAACUGUAACAUACUUGUACAAACACUUUAUUUACUCUUAUUCUUACUUGAAGCACAAUACUGUAUAUAUAUUAUAAUAAAACAUUGUAAAAAAAGUGGAAUACAAUUUUGAGCUUUAUCAACAUAGAUAUUAAACUGUAUAAGGGUAAAAUUUUUUUUUUGAAAAGCUAGGCUUUUUCAAAAAUAAAAUGGUAUUAGGUUCCAGAGACUCAUUUAAAACUUGAGUUGUCAAUGGGUUCAUAUGAAUCAAUGUCUUCUCACAUAUGGUAGGCCUAGAUAAUAUGAUUGUGAAAUUUAUUUCUUAUUCUAUGUGUACAAAUACAACACUUCACCACGAUAAUUCUUGGAUAGCCUGUACUGAAGAAUAUAGUAAUUUAUUUUAUAUUUGCAUACAUUUGUAAGCAAAUUUAAAGCUAAUGUAUGUCUACCCUUCCAAAGUCAGCUUCCCUUAUCCCUGAGGAUAUGUACUUACAAUAAUUUAACCUUUAUGCGUUUUACAUUGUCAGGGAUUAAACCAGUCACUCUCACACUGGAGUCCAAUAUGUUAACCACUAGACUAGCAUGAAGCCCCUACCAGAUACAGUAGAACUCCAAUUAUCUAAACUCAAGACUAUCUGAAUUGCUUACAGAAAGAGUUUUAAAGCACUAUAACUACAGUAAUAAAUAAGAAGAAUCUUUAUUAAAGAAGUCAGUCAUGACCACGGCAAAAUCCUGCAGACAACUUCUGAGGCCGCGAUAAUAAAAGCUUAGCACAACAAACCCCAUUUCCCAUCAAAUACCCCUAAUUUCGGUGAAAUUCAGUUAUUUAAAUUUUUAUCAUCAGAUCAAAUCGAAUGGAUUUUUUUUUCGUUUUGUCGGGUGUCGGUUGAUUUGGAGAGUCGUGGAGUUCUACUGUAGUCUCUAUGAGAAAGUCAAUUCCUCACUUGUUUCAACCAAAUUCAUCAAAUUAUUUUUGUAAUCAUUUACAUUUGUAACUAUCUUUUUAUGUAUCACAAUUUUGUGCAAAAAAAUUAACAUUAUUUUAAUUUUGAUGCGGUGCAUUGUAAAUUAUUAUUACUUACUUUAUUUGAAAAUCAUUUUAUGUUUUUUUAUGUAAAUAAAUUUGUUACUCUGA